AUGAGCGCCAGGAUAUUGUUUUUGCUUGUUUGGUCUGCGGCAUUUUUCGCUGGGCUGCAGUGCGCCUCGCCGAGGAUCGCAGCGGGGAUGGUUCCCCCCACCGCCGGCUUCAGCAACAUCAGCGGCGGCGGCGGCGGCGGCGGCGGCGGCACCAGCGGGGAAACCGGAGGCAAAAGAGACUUGAAUCAAACCAUAAACUCCAGGCUCAAGAGGAAAACCCUGGCCGUGGAUUUUGCGGUCCCUUCUCUGUUGCGCUAUUACCUGGCGGAGUUUAUAAAGAGACCCCUGAACGGCGACUGCCAGACUUUUCGCGGAUGUUACACGGUGCGCGCAAACUUGAAAAUGCAGUGCAUACCUUUGCAGAAAACCAUAUCCACUUUUGUGGACACUGCGUCUGCCACGGACUCUGGACUGAGGAACAUGUCCGCUGAUGGACAGCUCCCCUUCUUCUAUAAGCGGCCGCUGUCCAAAGUUCUGAAAUUGGGCUUGACGAAAGCCAGCAGGAAAUCAAACCAAGUUGUGGUGGAAAUAGGAGAGGACAUAGUCAAGACGGGAUGCGGGGGGCUGUCUGUGUACGAGGAGGCCCCGGUGUUCACCCUGGAAAUGGACCUCACAACUAUUCUGGAGUGGUGGCUUGGCGCAGAGGGGGGCCGGCUCAGGGUCCGGCUCAUGCCCGAGAAAAAGGCGCAGGUGCCCGGGAUAGAGGAUCGGUACACCGCGGCCAUACGCGCUGCAGACCCUCGCCUCUUCCUUCAGAUAUCAUCCCGGGAUGAACAACCGGCGGGCAGGACCGCCGCCGACGUUCCUAGAGGGUACUGGAGCUUCUCCUGGGUGGCCGAGGACAACCUGAGCUUUCCCAAAGACUCCGUGCCCCUGUCAGCUCACCGAUGUCCCGGCAGUAGCGGAACAUGUGACCAGCACCUGGAGGGUAGCCCGGAGUUCACGUGGAGCAUCGUGGCUGCCGGUGAGGGAAGGAACGAGAAAACCGAAAAGAAGGCAGGAAGCCCCCAGGGAUGGGAGGAAGGUAAGAACGAAGGUCAGUUCUUCUGGGUGAACAGUUCAGCCUUCGGGGGGCCCUGGGUGCUGAGUCCUUGGCUGCAAGGGGGCCAGGGUCCCUGUAGCCUGGACAUGGCCGUGUUCCUCCACCCCAAGCAAAGUGGCCAAUACACUAUAUGGCUCAUAGAACGAGACAAACAUCCGCUCGCCCUCUUCUCCACUGACACGCUGCCACGCAUCACAGGCUGGGCGGUGGUGCACCUCACCCUGGGGACCCACGGGGGAUCGCCUUUUCGGGUGUCGGGCAGCUACGAUCAGCGGAUUCCACAGGAUGACGCGGCCACCAUCGAGCCCCACUUCACCACCAACUGCACCAUGGUGUCCUCGCCCGGCCCUAACAUCACGCUGGAGGGUCAGUACCACUGUCACCAGGGACCCGGGAUCCCGCUGGACAAACUGUGCGACUUCGCUGCAGACUGCCCGCUCGGCGAUGACGAAGGCGACCUGUGUCGCCACUUCCUCAACGGCAGCUACUGCUCUUUUGAAGAGGGGGAGUGCAGCUGGCAGCCGGUAACGGGCCGCGGCCUCUCCUGGAGGAGACUCCAGUCGCCAGCCAAGGCUGCCAGACAGAGCUGCCCGUCGUCAGGUGCCACAUUCAGUGUGGAGGGAGGCCAGCCCAAAGGUCAGCGCAGCUCUGCGUUACUGAGGAGCCCUCUCUUCCCUCCUCCUCUGAGAAAUUCCCCAUGCAAGGUGCGGUUCGGGCUGUGCUCCGGGGGCUCGCAGAAGGGGUGGCUGUCCCUAUGGAUAGUGGAGAACAGCACCGGCCCUGAAGAGAAGCGCAGACUGUGGCACUCAGCCAGUGAACCCAGAUCCGAACGUGGCUGGAGGCUCGUCACACUUCCCCUUUAUGGGCUGGCGGACUGGUUCUGGCUGCAGUUCAGCACAGAAGAUGGACCUGGACCCGGUUCAGCCAUCUCCCUUGACAAUAUCUCUUUCAGCAUGGACUGCUUCCUGGCAUCCAACGGCGAGUUUCCACCGGUGGUCACCAGCACAGCCAGGCUGCCGUUUAGACCAACCAUCAAGCCUGUAGCCCCGUCCACUGGAAGUCCUUUCCCAGAUUACUCCAAAAAAUGGAUUUUUCAUACCUGUGGGGCUGUGGGACCCGAAGGCCCGACUCCCACUCAGUGCCUCAACUCCUACAGGAACAGCAACGUCAACGUGACAGUCGGCACCCGAGGGCCCUUCAAAGGCAUUCAAAUGUGGCGGGUCCAGGAAACUGGCACCUACAGGAUCACAGCCUACGGUGCAGCUGGCGGUCGGAGCGUAUUGGCCAUGAGCCGGUCACAUGGGGUCUACAUCACGGGAGACUUCCUGCUGAGGAAGGGAGAGUUGAUUUACAUCCUGGUGGGACAGCAAGGAGAGGACGCAUGUCCCAAUUCCAACGCCAUGCUGAAUAAGAUCUGCCUGGAACAGAGUGGCCCGAUGGUGAACAAAACGCAAGUGAAAGGGGGCGGAGGAGGAGGUGGAGGGGCUACGUAUGUGUUCAAGGUGGACAAAGGAGUGCACAUCCCCCUCAUCAUCGCUGCUGGGGGAGGUGGCAGGGGUUACAGCAGCCAAUCACACACCCAGCUGGAGCAGAUGGACUAUGACCCCAGCCAACCGGGACGCAAUGGGAAGUCAAACGCCGCAGGUGGAGGCGGAGGUUGGAAUGACAGUGCUCCCGUCAGUCAGGGCGGCAGACCGCUGGUGCUGGGAGGCCAGGGAGGCCAGGCCUGUCAAAAGUUCUGGCAGACCCACGGCGGCUUCGGGGGCGGCGGGGGCGGCUGCAUGUCCGGGGGCGGCGGCGGAGGCUACAGAGGUGGUAACACCUCCAUAUAUAACAACCCCAAACAUGACGGCGAUGACGGCACGUCCUUCCUCGGCCCGGAGGGAGACUCCUUCCUCCAGCCUCUGAAAGCUAUGGAGGGGGAUGGUGAGGUGAUCAUCAGCCCGGUGCAGAACUGCAGCCAUUGUGAGAGCGGCGAAUGCCACGAGAUCAAGGACAGCAUCGUCUGCUACUGCGAUGAAGACCUCAAACUGGCGGCGGACGGCAUGUCCUGCAUCAACGCUACAGAGGCGUCCCCGCUGCCCCCCCAGCCGUCCCUCUCCCACCUGGCGCUGGGUCUGUCCGUGGGCACCUCGGCCCUCAUCGCCGCCCUGCUGCUGGCUGUGUCCGGAGUCAUGAUAAUGUACAGGCGUAAACACACAGAGCUGCAGUCGAUUCAGCUGGAGCUGCAGAGUCCGGACUGCAAGCUCAGUAAGCUGCGGGCCUCCACCAUCAUGACCGACUACAACCCCAACUACUGCUUCGCCGGCAAGACGGCCUCGGUCAACGACCUGAAAGAAGUGCCGCGGCGCAAUAUCUCCCUCACCAGGGGUCUGGGUCACGGUGCUUUUGGUGAAGUCUAUGAAGGGCUGGCAGUGGGGAUACCAGGUGAACCGAGUCCUCUGCAAGUGGCUGUCAAGACCCUUCCUGAGGUUUGCUCUGAGCAAGAUGAGCUGGACUUCCUUAUGGAGGCUCUAAUCAUCAGCAAGUUCAGCCACCAGAACAUUGUGCGCUGUAUAGGAGUCAGUCUGCAGGCCAUGCCCAGGUUCAUCCUGCUGGAGCUGAUGGCCGGAGGAGACCUUAAGACUUUCCUGAGGGAGACCAGACCCCGGCUGGAGCACCCGUCCAGCCUGACCAUGGUGGACCUUCUCAACGUGGCCAGAGACAUCGCGAAGGGCUGCCAGUAUCUGGAGGAGAACCAGUUUAUACACAGGGACAUUGCAGCUCGGAAUUGCCUGCUGACCUGCAAAGGACCGGGCCGCGUGGCCAAGAUUGGAGAUUUCGGGAUGGCUCGAGAUAUUUACAGGGCAAGCUAUUACAGGAAGGGCGGGCGGGCCAUGCUGCCAGUGAAGUGGAUGCCACCUGAAGCCUUCAUGGAGGGCAUCUUCACAUCCAAAACAGACACGUGGUCAUUCGGGGUUCUGCUGUGGGAGAUCUUCUCGCUGGGCUACAUGCCAUAUCCAAGUCGCAGUAACCAGGAAGUGCUGGAGUUCGUAACCAACGGUGGAAGGAUGGACCCGCCUAAAAACUGCCCCGGGCCAGUGUACCGCAUAAUGACUCAGAGUUGGCAGCAUCAGCCUGAAGACAGGCCGAACUUCUCAACUAUCCUGGAGAGAAUCGACUACUGCUUACAGGACCCUGAUGUGGUGACCAUGCCCCUGCCUGUCGAGUAUGGGCCCAUCCCCGAAGAGGAGGAGCGCGUACCCGUGCGCCCUGACGACCCCUCAGCGCCGACCGUGCUGGUGAAGGCCCAGGUGCCUGAUGGGGAGGCCCUGCAGCCGCCCCCUUCUUAUCCCACAGAAGAGAACCGGAGAGGUGGGGAGCACGCUGUCGUCACUAGCGCAGCAUCGGAGGCCAAAGCACAGAUGUCAGCCCAGCCCCAGCCCCAGCCAUACCUCCACCAGCACCAGCAGCCUCACUCGCAAACCUCCAUCCCCGUGACAACCACUAACACAGUCACCUCCACGGCAACCUCUACACUCACUGCCAAGGGACCUCACGUCACCACCCAGCCCGGCCUCGAGGGGGGCCACAUCAACCUGGCGUUCACCCAGGGCCACCCGCCAGAGAAGGAGGGCCACAACGGGAAGAGCACCAGUCUGUGGAACCCGACGUACGGCUCGUGGUUCCUGCAGCAGAGGAAGCAGCAGCAGCAGAGGCAGGCGGGGGUGGGGGGAGCAGGAGGGAGCAGCGGCAGGGUGCCCGGCGAGGGGCAGGAGCACGUGGGCCGGACUGUUGCUGAGGUGGCAGGGGCGCUGGGCCUCCAGCACCAGCACCAGCACCAGCACAAGCAGUUCCAGCAUCAGCUCCAGCAGCAGCACCAACUGCAGCUGCUGCACCAUCAGCAGCAGCAGCAGCAGGGUCUUUGCAGACCUCUGCUGCCCCCACCACCACCUCCUGCCGCCCAGUCACCUCUGCUGUUAGAUUCAGCCGCGUUGCCCCCGGUUCCCCUCUACAGACUGAGACGAUUCCCCUGCGGGAACAUCGGCUACGGCUACCAGGAGCAAGGCAUGCCGCUGGAGGCCGCCCACGGUAACCCCAACCCCCCUCCUCCACCCCCUCUCCCCCAACAGGGCACCUCCAUGACCUCCUCUGCAGCACACCAGAGGGGGGCCUCCAUUCCCACCUCAGUGUCCCUGGGCCGGUCGACCAUGUCCGAGGACAGCCGUCCACUUCUAGUCACCAUGGGGACAGUACAGGACCCCAGGCUGCCCAGGAUGGAGGGCCACAACGCCACCGUGCUUUAGCCCAAAUGCCUGCACCGCCGGUCUUUUUUUCAAGCCCUGUCUUUGGAGAUGUGUGUUCAAGACACAUAGCAGGAAACACUGUGUCAGGACAGAGACCGUUUUACACCACCCCCCACGUCCCACCAUUUUGGUUUCCAUCUCACUGAAACAGAGCCGGACGAGUCCAUCGGGCUUCCCCCCACGAGAAGCCUGGAGGUGUGUUAAAAAUCCCCGUCGGAUGCUAAAGCACAUCACAGAACUAAAAAAAAAAGCUUUUGGAGGCAAAAUGUAGAGUAAAAGCUAGUUUUAAGAAAUUUAAAAAAAAUGUAUUUUUUCAACGCUGGAGGGAUCAUGAGUGAGAGAAAGGAACACGCGGAGAGUUUACGUCACAGGAAGACAACUUUCCACCCGGCGGUGACCAGGAGCGAGCGCCGAGGGCGUCCCUCGUCCGCGGGAAUGGACCACUAGGAGGAUUCAAAUAUCUAGAUUUUGCUUCAGACUUUCAGUCAGACCAGUUCGACUGUAGCAGCUGCGAAGCUGCCUACAGCUGCCAGCUCCACGUGUCAGCUCUGCUGCAGAAUCCUCACACUGCUCCCCCUCCACAUCCUUUUGGAAAACUGCAGUGUGGUAAAUAACUUGUACAAGACUAUUUUUCAAGAAUACACACAGAACUGGACACUGGGGUUACCAGAGACAUUUCUACGAAAAAAAAAAAAAACACAAGGAAAAAAUACUGGGAAAAAUGUGUUUGUUGAUGUUUGCUUGCCUGCUUGUUUAUUUAUUCAUUUGUUUAUUUAUUAUUUGGAAGUGGCUCUAUAAAUUAUUCAUGAACACGCUUCCUCAAAUCCAAGUCAUUUGACAUUUUUCACCCACCGUUUUUUUUAAACUGCAGUUUAUUUUUGAGAAUAUGGUGAGAGGACAAAAAAAAAAGAAGAGAUUGGACAAACCCCCACCAAAAUGAACAAAUUUA